CUCCAGUGUUCGAGUUUGGAGGAAAAACGGGAAAUUCAGUCACUAGUUUGGUAUAUAAGAAGAGGCUGUGAUUAUAUGAUCGAAGCAAAAGCUCAGGGUCACUGCCAUCAUGUUGAAGUCAAUAUCAAAGAACUUAGUGGUGCUUUUCUUCCUGUAUUUUGUACAAGGAUUGCCUUAUGGAAUACAGACAGGAUUUCUUCCAGUAUACUUACGGAGUAAAGGGGUCUCUCUCACCAGUGUUGGGUUAUACAAGUUUUUAUUUGCCCCGUGGUUUUGCAAAGUGCUGUGGGCGCCAUUUGUGGACAGAUACAGCACAAAGCGAAAAUGGCUCAUCGGGAGCAUGCUUGGAUUGGUGCUGUCUUGUGCAAUAGGUGCAUUCAUUACUCCUGAACACAUUCUGCUGCUAUGUAGCGUACUUUUCAUGUUGAAUAUUUUUACGUCAGUGCAAGAUAUUGCGGUAGACGGACUUGCUAUUAAGAUUCUCCACCCUGAAGAGUUAAGUCAGGGAAACAUUGCUCAAGUGGUAGGGUAUAAAGUUGGGUCACUCUUUGGGGGAGGAGUUUUAACGUGGACUAUGGGAAUUAUCGGCUGGAUUGGGACAUUUCUGACGUUAAGUGCUUUAUACGUGGAGGCGGUGCUCUUCAUGUAUCUGUCCCCAAUGUUAAGACACCUGGAUGCAGUGGAACAGGGAAUGUUUGCUGAUUGUGAAGAUGAAGAUGAUGGUCACUUUCCUCACCAGCCCAUAUCUCAUAAUAUUGAAGAACAUGGUCACUCUCAUCACCAUGGUCACUCACACCAUGGUCACACACAUCACCGGCAUGGUCACUCACAUGACUCUGGACAACCCAAAGCUGACCAGGGAGAAAGAUUGUCAAAUGGUGGGCUACAGUUUGUGUGCAAUAUACUCAACACUCCAGGAACAAAGUGGGUGAUUGGCUAUGUGCUGAUGUACAAGUUAGGAGAACAGGGUGCCUGCAACAUGCUUCCACUGUUCCUGGUGGACCACAAGGUGGCAGCACCAGACAUAGGGCUGUGGACAGGUAUCGUGGGCCAGAGCGUCUCCAUAUGUGGGUCAAUGUUGGGGGGCUGGGUACUGUCCAAGUUUGGGCUUCCAGCAGUGUUUGUCUUGAAGCAGCUGAGUGUGUGUCGUCUGCUGCCACUAGGGGCUCUGCUGUGGGUGGUGGCAUCAUGGGAUACCGGUAUCUUCAGCACCACACUUUCCUACUAUGCAGCAGUGUGGGCUUUCUGUGUCCUCAUGCUAAUCAGCGGCAUGGUAACCACAGUGACCUUCACCUUGAUGAUGCAGUGUUCCCAGCAUGCACCAGAAAAAUGUCAGGCAACCCAUUUCACUUUCCUAGCAACAUUGGAGGUUCUUGGAAAACUAAUCUUCAUCUCUCUGGCGGGAUACAUGGUGGACGUGCUUGGUUAUCCACUAGUGUUUGUCAUAUUCAUUGGACUUUCUUUCUUAUUAUUACUCUAUUUUAACUCAUGUCCUAGUAACUUGGUGGUAUUCCUCAAUAGGGAAGAUGAAGAGGAGGAAAGCGAGGAGGAGGAAGAAGAACAGGUUUUAUAUGAGAAUAAAUUUGAAAAAUUCGACUGAAAAAAAGCAUGAAAUGGACAGAAAUUGUGCAUAUUGAAACAACUGAAAUGAGAAGGGAAAGAAGCAAACAGGUUAUGCGGGAAGAUGCACGUUGGAAAUGCAAAAUGCUUUUUUUUAUGUCAGAUAUGCAAAGCUUGUAUUCUUUACAUGUUGUUUUAAAGAUGAAAUCUUUAUAAAUUGUCUACUUUAUGUAUAAAAAGAUGUUGCUAAGCUAAAUUAGCAGUGCUGCUAAAGCUCAAUAACAUUUACAUUUGUAAAUUAUCAGUGAGAAAAACAUUUCAUUUUGUAAUAAAAGGUUUUAUUCAUUUUAUAAAUGUUGAGCGAGUGCAUCAUGAUAAAAAUGAAACCACAACCACUGACAUUUUAGCUGUAAAAUACGUAGUCUUCACCUGAUAUAUCCAAAAGUGAUGUAACCAUUACAGUUUAAAUAAACGAUGAUGCUAC